GUAGUGGUUACCCCUCCCCUCUAAGCUGUCUUGUUUUGACACAUUUUUGUUUUGCUUGAUAAGCUAACCCAAUUUUUUUCAAUCAAAGCUAGCUGGUCAACACCACAUUGAAACCAUAUAUAGCUAGCUACAUGUGUUUCUGUAAUUUCAAACUAUCUAAGUAAUGUUGCUGAUGUGCUAGCCAGCAAGUGUAUCGUUGGGCACAUUUGGAAUACAAUGCCAUCUUCGAUGGAAGGGUCUUCUAGAGAAGGUGAACCGUUUACUGUGAAACAUGAGCUGAAAAAUGCCAACCUGACCGGCCACGUAGAGAGGGUGGGAAUUGAGAACUUUGAGCUGCUAAAGGUGCUGGGAACUGGAGCCUAUGGCAAGGUGUUCCUGGUACGUAAAGUGAGCGGUCAUGAUGCAGGUCAACUAUACGCCAUGAAGGUGUUGAAGAAGGCCACAAUCGUACAGAAGGCCAAGACGGCAGAACACACACGCACAGAGAGACAAGUUCUGGAGCACAUCAGACAGUCACCGUUCCUCGUUACCCUCCACUAUGCCUUCCAGACAGACACCAAGCUGCACCUCAUACUAGAUUAUGUGAACGGUGGGGAGCUCUUCACACACCUGGUACAGAGGGUUCGGUUCAAAGAGCAGGAGGUAUCUCUGUACAGUGGAGAGAUUGUCCUGGCGCUGGAGCACCUACACACGCUGGGUAUAGUCUACAGAGACCUGAAGCUGGAGAACAUCCUCAUGGACUCCAGCGGGCAUAUAGUGCUCACAGACUUUGGCCUCAGCAAAGAGUUUGAUGAGUUGGAGAGGGCUUACUCUGUCUGUGGCACCAUUGAGUACAUGGCCCCAGAGAUCGCAGAGGGAGGAGAGGCUGGCCAUGACAUGGCUGUAGACUGGUGGAGCCUUGGAGUAUUAAUGUAUGAACUUAUGACGGGUGGAUCACCAUUCACUGUCGAUGGAGACCAGAACUCUCAUACAGAUAUCGCCAAGAGGAUCUCGAAGAAGGACCCUCCUUUCCCCAAAGACAUGAGCCCUCUGGCCAAAGACCUCAUCCAGCGCCUCCUCAUCAAAGACCCAAAGAAGAGACUGGGCUCUGGGCCUGACGGAGCUGACAACAUUAAGAAACAUCCAUUCUACCAGAAGAUCAACUGGGAGGACCUGGCAGCUAAGCGGUUGCUCGCCCCGUUCAAGCCGGUGAUCAGGGAUGAGUUGGAUGUCAGCAACUUUGCGGAGGAGUUCACCGAAAUGGACCCCACCUACUCCCCUGCAGCGAUGCCUCAGAACUGUGACCGCGUCUUUCAGGGCUACUCGUUCAUGGCCCCCUCCAUCUUGUUCAAGAGAAAUGCUGUGAUGGAUGACACGCUGCAGCUGUGUGGAGGAUCAAGAUCACAGAGACCAGGGUCUGCUGCUGUGGCCCGCAGCGCCAUGAUUAAGGACUCUCUGUUUUAUAUGAACUAUGAGAUGGACCUAAAGGACAAUGCCCUUGGUGAAGGAAGCUUCUCUAUCUGUAGGCAGUGCACCCACAAGAAGACUGGACAGAUGUACGCUGUGAAGAUUGUCAGUAAGAGGAUGGAGGCUCAGACACAGAAAGAGAUCACAGCUCUGAAGCUCUGCGACGGCCACCCCAACAUCAUCAAGACUCACGAGAUUUACCAUGACCAGCUGCAUACAUACCUGGUGUUGGAGCUGCUGCGUGGUGGAGAGCUGCUGGAGAGGAUCCGGAGGAAGCAGCACUUCAGUGAGACGGAGGCCAGCCGCAUCAUGAGGAGACUGGUGUCAGCCGUCAGCCACAUGCACGAUGUAGGAGUGGUACACAGAGACCUCAAACCAGAGAACCUGCUGUUCACAGAUGAGAGUGAGAACGCUGAGAUAAAGAUCAUAGACUUUGGUUUUGCCCGGCUGAAGCCUCCAGACAACCAGCUGCUGAAGACGCCGUGUUUCACGCUGGCCUACGCCGCGCCGGAGAUCCUCAAAUACGACGGCUACGACGAGUCAUGUGACCUCUGGAGCCUGGGGGUCAUCCUGUACACCAUGCUGUCGGGUCAGGUGCCGUUCCAGUGUCAGGGGAAGAGUCUGGCCCGCACCAGUGCUGAAGAGAUCAUGAAGAAGAUUAAACAGGGUGACUUCUCCUUCGAGGGAGAGGCUUGGCGGAGUGUCUCACAGCAGGCCAAAGACCUCAUACAAGAGCUGCUGACUGUGGACCCUGACAAGCGGAUCAAGAUGUGUGGUCUGAGGUACAAUGGCUGGCUCCAAGACGACAGCCAGCUCUCCUCCAACCCUCUGAUGACACCAGACAUCCUGGGUUCCUCCACCACCUUGUCUGUACACACCUACGUCAAGGCUACCUUCAACGCGUUCAACAAGUGUAAGCGGGAGGGUUUCCGUCUGCAGACGGUGGACAAGGCCCCACUGGCCAAGAGGAGGAAGUUGAAGAAGACCAGCACCAGCACAGAGACCAGGAGCAGCUCCGGAGAGAGCACCCGCUCCUCCUCCUCCUCCUCCCAGUCCCACCCGGACACCCGCUCCUCCUCCUCCUCCUCCUCCCAGUCGCACCAGGACACCCGCUCCUCCUUCUCCACCUCUUCCUCCUCCUCCACCUUGUCUCACCACAACACCCACUCCUCCUUCUCCUUCUCCCAGUCUCACCAGGACACCCUCUUCUCCUCCUCCACCCUGUCUCACCAGGACACCCACUCCUCCUCCACCCUGUCUCACCAGGACACCCACUCCUCCUCCACCCUGUCUCACCAGGACACCCACUCCUCCUCCACCCUGUCCCACCAGGACACCCACUCCUCCACCCUGUCCCACCAGGACACCCACUCCUCCUCCACCCUGUUUCACCAGGAGAAGACUGGGGGAGACGUCGUCGUCGACCCUCCACCCCAACCUUCCAUCAACUCCACCACCACCCCUGUCAUCACACCCCUCGCCAUGGGCUCAGACAACGACCCCGCCCCGGAACGCUCGCCGCCUCCAGCCUUCUACUUCUCAGACUGAGAGAGAGACAGAGAGAGAGAGAGAGACUCAGAUGGACAGCAUGUAGAUCUCUCUCUCUCCCUCCAUGGCAGCUCGCAGUCAAUCGCUCACAAUCAGCCACAUGCAUGGACCACAAGUGCAUGCACGCCUCCAGGCUGAGCAUGCAGCAGGAACAGGACCCACCUCUCAAUCAUCACUAGCAAUAGACACACAGUAAAUGAAAAGGACUGCCCUACCGAUCCAGAGCUAGACAGCGGAGAGACCCCUCUACAACCACACCUCUGUUUCAGUCAUGUCUUCCUGUUUGUCUGGAAGGUAGGUCAUAGUCCUGGUUGUUUGCUUUUGUUUACACUGUGGUGUAUUGCAUUAGUAAAGACAUUUUACUUUAAGCCACAAAUACUGCAGCUUAUCACAUUGGGAGGAACCUGUUGUUGGAGCAUAUAUUUUGCGGUAUUUAUAUAUGACAAUAAUACAGACUGAAAUUAUUUAUGAUUUGUUUUUAUGUUAACUUAUUAAUGGUUCACAACUGUUUAUGAUAGAUACAGUUCAAGUCGGAAGUUUACAUACACUUAGGUUGGAGUCAUUAAAACUCGUUUUUCAACCACUCCACAAAUUUCUUGUUAACAAACUAUAGUUUUGGUAAGUCGGUUAAGACAUCUACUUUGUUCAUGACACAAGUAAUUUAUCCAUUAAUUGCUUACAGACAGAUUAUUUCACUUAUAAUUCACUGUAUCACAAUUCCAGUGGGUCAGAAGUUUA